AUGUUCCAAGACGUAUUCUCGGAACUGUUUUCGAUACUCUUUGAUAAGCUGGAAGGACUUACCAUGUUCGAGUCAGCAUUGAGGCCCACCAUCCGGCACGAACUUCUUUCAGUGCGAGAGAGUCCUGCUGAUGCUCCCCCACUCACUGGCAGAAUCGGACCUAUCAGGGCUAUCAAGGGAAUUCUCGAGAUCGGCAAGUGGGACACUGCCAUCGACAGGACCGAGACCAUGAUUGCAUGCGGAAGGAUCGACAGCGCCUAG